AUGUCGUUAGCGGUGCAUGUCCGUCGCCACCUGCGGCGCUUCCUCCUCCUCCUCGCCUCCGGCUCCCUGCUAGGCUCCGCCUACUUCCUAUUCUCUAACUCCGCCCCCACCCUACAGCUCAACCAAUCAGAAGAACGAUCCGACCCCAUCACACACACCGACAGACGAUCCGACCCCAUCACACACACCGUCAGACGAUCCGACCCCAUCACACACACCGUCAGACGAUCCGACCCCAUCACACACACCGUCAGACGAUCCGACCCCAUCACACACACCGUCAGACGAUCCGACCCCAUCACACACACCGACAGACGAUCAGACCCCAUCACACACACCGACAGACGAUCCGACCCCAUCAGACACACCGACAGACGAUCAGACCCCAUCACACAGAACGACAGACGAUCAGACCCCAUCACACAGAACGACAGACGAUCAAACCCCAUCACACAGACCGACAGACGAUCCGACCCCAUCACAGACACCGACAGACAAUCCGACCCCAACACACAGACCGACAGACGAUCCGACCCCAUCACACACACCGACCCCCUCCCCUCAGUAGACCCAGUAGUAUUGGUACUGGUAGAAUCACAGUAUAGUCAGUUGGGACAGGACAUCGUCAGCAUCCUGGAGUCCGCCCGGUACCCGUUCACAACAGAGAUCACCCCGGGGAAAGGAGACCUGCCAUCACUCACUGACAAGGGGCGUGGUCGCUACAUCCUGGUCAUCUACGAGAGUCUGUUGAAGUACGCCCACACUGACUCCUGGAACAGACAGCUGUUACACCAGUACUGUCUCCGUUACCGAGUCGGAAUCAUCACCUUCCACAGAGCCAAUCAGAACUCUCCGCCCCUGCUGAAUCUCCGGGGUCUACCCCUGCUGCUACGGACCAAUCAGGCGCUCCGAGACGCCUCUGUGAUGUCACGUUCGCCCCUCCUCCACCUGACGCGGGCUGAUACGGACCGUGGACCUCUCCCCGGUGACGACUGGACCACAUUCACCUCCAAUCACUCCUCCUACCAGGCUGUUGUCCAGGCACGGCCCAGGGAGGGAGGCCCCGGAGUGGGCAGCGGAGAUAAUCCAGUCCCUGGUUUCAGUCGGGGCCUACAGGCUACGGUGGUGCUGGAUGUGGGGCUGUUUGACGGGGUUCAAAGGGUCGUCUUCGGACACGGCCUGGGCUACUGGCUACACAGGCUCCUAUUGGUGGACGCUAUCACUUACCUCACGGACAGGAAGUUGUCGUUGGGGUUGGAGCGUCACAUCCUGGUGGAUAUCGACGACAUCUUUGUUGGGAAGGAAGGAACACGCAUGAACACCAAGGAUGUUAAG